UUGUUGAAGAGCUACUUCACAUUUACAAGCAAAAAAGAAUUAUAAGGACAUGACUUGCGCAAAUGAUUAUGAUAGGAAUGAUUACUUCAACAACCACUGGACAUCGAGUGAUAGUGAACGUUUCCUGCCGGAGAUGUCGAGUGAAGAUUCUCUAGAUGAAAUAAGUGAUAAAAUGGAUUCGAGUAGCGAAGUUGAGCUAAAUGUUGCAGUUGCGAAAUGUGACAAAAAGAAAUCAUUCUCUGGAUCUGAUUCUGAAUUAAACUGUACAUCCAACAUUCAUUCUCCAGAUUCCUGGACCAAUGCAAUCCAUGAGCGUUAUACCAACAAACUACACUUUAAUAGCAGAUUGGAUUGUGAAAGUGAAGAAAUGCCUGAUUUGGUGGAUGGUAAUUUUAUGAAUGAUGUAGAAAUUUCUGAUAGGAAUUCAGGAGAUGAGCUACCAGAUGAAGCUGAUGAUGAGUUUAUAAUGGAACAAUUUGAAAAGUUGAUUAUUCGUCGAAACAAGAAAGAUAAUGAUGCUCGUUUGAGAUGGCUAGCAUUUUUGCGUGAACAAAAAGAAGCGGAAGAAGAAGAGAAACAAUUUCAGGCAUAUUGGGAAAGACGACAUCAAGAAGAUAAGGAUUUAUGGCGAGAUAAGGUAGAAUUAUCAUCCUAA